AUCACAGGCGGCGCUGAUGUAAACACGGAAGCAGCUAAUGUAACCGAGCUCGAUCCAGCCGUCUGAAAAAGGAAAUUAGAAUAAGGUGGAACUGUCUUCAGGCGACACAGAGUCUUUGUUUAGUUCUUUUGAUAGUUCUCCUUCGCUCGGGUCGUCGGUAUAAUACAGAAAAUACAGAGAAUGGAGGAAAGACACAGGAAGAUUCUUCAACGCAACAGGAUCAACCUGGUGAGGGACCUGGACCCGUCAGACCUCUAUGACUGCCUGUAUGAAAGAGGAAUUUUCACUCAGGACAUGCUCGAUGAGAUCAAGAGCUCUGGGACCAGACUAGACCAGGCUAGACAGUUAGUCCGAGAUUUGGAGACCCGUGGGAGUCGGGCCUUUCCGUUAUUUCUCGAGUGUCUUCGGGAGACAGGUCAGCACAGUUUAGCAGAGCUCCUGCAGAAUGGAGCUCCAGCUGUUCAUAUACAACCUGCAACACCCACCCGCCCUGUGGUCCAGCCUCUCAGGCCCCUCCAGCCUCUCCAGCCCCUCCAGCCUCUCAGGCCUCUCCAGCCCCUCCAGCCUCUCCCAGUCACACCUCCAGUAGACAUUGGCAUACAAAUAAAACAUGACGUCACUGCCUCUCCAGAGCAAAGGCCUAACACAACUCCCACUCCAUCACCUGAAGGAGAGUACAUACGGCCGAGGCUGCCCAGCAGAACCAGACGAGAUAGUAUCAAGAGCUAUAAAAUGGAUGCAAGCCCAUGUGGACAUUGCCUCAUCAUAAACAACGUGGAGUUUGACCCUCAGAGUGAGCUGAGCAACCGCAAAGGAUCCAACAUAGACUGUGACAAGCUGGAGAGAAGAUUCAAGGCCCUCAACUUUAUUGUGAAAGUUAAGAACAACCUUAAACAAAAACAAAUCAAACAUGAGCUGUCAGCUUUAUCGAAGGAGGACCAUUCACAGUAUGACUGCUGUGUGGUUAUUAUGCUGUCCCAUGGGACCGAGGUGAGUCACAACCGCUUCCCGGGUGCUGUGUACGGUGUUGACGGGCUGCAUGUCCCAGUUCAGCACAUCACAAACUACCUGAACGGCCGGCACUGUCCCUCCUUACAGGGCAAACCCAAACUUUUCUUCAUCCAAGCCUGUGGUGGAGAUGAAAGAGACACGGGGUUUGAGAUGUCUCCUGAUGAGGUUACACCAUCCUUCGGUGGAGCCGAUGAUCAGACUGACGCCAUUCCAAUGUCAUCCAGCAGCGACUCUCUGAGCAUGUCAGAUGAACCGGAUGCCAGAGCAACGCUGCCAACCCCUAGUGACAUCCUGGUGUCCUACUCUACUUUUCCCGGUUAUGUGUCUUGGAGAGACACCCAGUCAGGUUCCUGGUAUGUGGAGAUGCUGGACCAUAUUCUGGAGGAAAACGCUGCCACUGAUGACUUGGUCACGAUGUUAAUGAUGGUAAACCACGAAGUUUCCCAGAACUCUGCCAAAGGACUCUACAAGCAAAUGCCUGGUUCCUUUAACUUCCUCCGCAAACUUCUCUACUUUCAAGCCCAAUCGUAGCGGCACAUAGCCAUCACUUUAAGGAUCACUUUCAGGAUCACUUUCAGGGACUUGAACUGUAAUGACUGUAAUGUCUCUGCUUUACAUCUCAGGGGAGUUUCAAAUUGUAUAAAUGUGCUUGUAAGUGGACUAUCACUGUCUUACUCUGCAUUUGAACUGUUUUUAAUGUCUUAUAUCAAUCAAGUGUUAUUGACUUUUUAGGAUGUUUCUAUGUUGUAAAAAUAUGGCUCAGGGUACAUUUUAUUCUUGGUGCCUUUUUUUUUAACAUAGCAGCUGACAGUUUUCAAAAUAUAGACAAUCAACAUUGCUGAAUCUUAUGUUAAGCCUGGUUAAUGUGUGGGUCUUGUAGAGCUAUAAUGUGAAUAUGGAGUUUUAAGCAAUUACAAACUGGAAAGCAGCCUCAUGAGAGCUGAAUGGGUCCUGUUUUCUGAUUAAAUUUCCUAUUGAAUAACUUUAUGUAAAUACAGCUUUGAUGGAAAAUGA